UAGAAGAAGAAAAAUGCGUCACACGUCUGAGACAACUGCGAGUUGCGUCAUCACGCCGUGCCCACCACACGCGUCGACAACAGACGCUGAACUGUUGACAUCUUUUUUUCAGACACAUUUGUCCAGUUUUCGGAUGAAAUGUCGGUGUUUCACGACGAAGUGGAGAUCGAGGACUUUGAGUAUGACGAAGACACGGAGACGUUUUACUUUCCGUGUCCCUGCGGAGACAGAUUCGCCAUAACUAAGGAGGACCUGGAGAACGGCGAGGAGGUGGCGACGUGUCCGAGCUGCUCGCUCAUCGUUAAAGUCAUCUACGAUCAGGAGUUGUUCAUGUCCGGAGAAAUCAUCGAGGCUCCGUCGUCAUCAGAGAGCAAACUGGAGCUGGCUCAGUCCUGACCCGCCUCCUCCGCAGAACCACGGACUGCUCCUUUAAAAACACUUUAUUUAUGCACAACAAGAGAUGCUUGUGAACCCGGAUCAGAACCUCAGGAGCAGCUCGUGUUCACAUUCAAAUUCACAUGGAGUUCACAUUUUUAUCUCUUCUUCUGUGGUUUUCAGGCGUUUUAGCUCAUUUGAUCAUUUUCAUCCCUGCUGAUCGAUUCUUAACUUAAACCGUCACCUUUCUUUAGAUUUCAUUCUUUAGAUUUCAUUCUGGUUUUUUCUCAGAGAGAAGAAACUCUGAUAAUUCAUCAGAUUCUCAGUUUAAAACAGAAAUGAUCUGAAAAGACGAUGUGUUCAGGAGCUGCUGGGAAACAUCAGAGUCAUCAAUGAAUAUUCAUUUUCCUUUACUGAUGAAUGAACAAACCGUUAAAGUUGAAAGUUUUCACAUUGUCAGGAAACAAACAGCUGCCUGAAUAACAAAUGAAACAAGUGGAAACAUUUAGUUUCUGCUUUCUGUCCGUUAAAUGUUGCGUGUUUGUUUUCUGAGAAAACGCCUGUAAAUAUGUCUCAUAUUAAAAUGAUAUUCUGUC